CAACUAAGAUCCUGUUUGGAUCUAUAAAUACCCAAUCUCCAAAUCUGCGUAAAACAUUGAAGGACAGCUCCUUUGAUUUCGAGAGGGGGAGAUCUUCGCUUCUCUGCUUCGUUCGAUUCCGCGUAAUAACCGUUCGCAUUUCUCUCAGACGUGAAAAAUGGGGCUGUCUUUCACAAAGCUAUUCAGCCGGCUUUUCGCCAAGAAGGAGAUGCGUAUACUGAUGGUUGGGCUUGAUGCUGCUGGUAAAACCACCAUUCUUUACAAGCUUAAGUUGGGAGAGAUUGUCACUACCAUUCCUACCAUUGGUUUCAAUGUUGAGACCGUGGAAUACAAGAACAUCAGCUUUACCGUUUGGGAUGUUGGUGGCCAGGACAAGAUCCGACCAUUGUGGAGACAUUACUUCCAAAACACACAAGGACUUAUUUUUGUGGUUGACAGCAAUGAUCGAGAUCGUGUGGUUGAAGCUAGAGAUGAGUUGCACAGGAUGUUGAAUGAGGAUGAGUUGAGGGAUGCUGUGCUGCUGGUAUUUGCCAACAAGCAAGAUCUUCCAAACGCUAUGAAUGCUGCUGAGAUUACUGACAAGCUCGGCCUUCAUUCUCUCCGCCAGCGCCACUGGUAUAUCCAGAGCACGUGUGCCACUUCCGGUGAAGGGCUGUAUGAGGGACUGGACUGGCUCUCAAACAACAUUGCAAACAAGGCAUAGAUGGCAUAAGAGAGUUGUCUCACUAAUGCUGGCCCCUUAACGGAUUUAUGGAUGUCUAUCCCGGUUUAAGUGUUUUGGUUUCUUAUGUUUCUUUGUUUCUUGCAAACAUUGCCAUUUGUUACUUGUAGCUUAAGAAUAAUCGAUAUAUUUUCAGUUUGAAUUAUGGUAUUAUCUCGAUAGCUGCAAAAAAAAAAAAAAAUUCCCCCAGUUUUGCAGCCGUUCUUUUCUUGGUGGAAAUUGAUGGUUAGCCCGUUUCAUUACUGUAAUGUUAAAUAUUCAGUAUAAGUUUUUUCUUUA